AUGGAAAUGGAAAAAUCAUUGAACUCCAGUCGAAAUUUUAAACUUCCACCGAUUCAAGGCGCUGUUCCGGCGGCGAGUAUUCUUCGGCAACCACCAAGGCCAACUUGGCAACAAGAUCAAGCGCGAGCCAAUGCGGUUGCCUUGCCGAAUCAUGGCGCAUCAGUUAAACCACGAGCAGUAAUUCACAUCCCGAAGGAUCCAUUCCCAGGACGAUACAGAAGUCCUCAUAUUAGUCACAACAUAUCGAGUGUAUCGACACAGAGACUCGCUUCAAAUGCAGCGAUCGACGAGAAAUACGGCGAUUCGAAGUUAGAUUUUGCACCGCGCCGACAUCAGCUUCCGCAGUCGUACUCUGUUCUACCUCCGAUUCAGAAACUCAAAGAGCCGGUCGAUAGAGGAAGGCAGGUAACUGCGGCACAAGACAGAACUUCUCGCGGGGAAAAAGAGAACAACAAUUUAAAUGUUACUAAUAAACCAAUUGGGGAUAAUAGCUCGCAAAGUGAUAAUCAAAAAAGCGAUGACCCGCGAAAAGUUGGCAACAGUAAUGGCAAAAACGGCGACAAAAAUCGUUCCCGCGUUGAAGCGGGAAAAGACUCGUCUUCCAGAAAGAAACAGAAAACAGACAAUCAGGAUAACGAGACUGGAGAAAGAAAACAGAGCCCUACGACGCUGUUGUUUUUAAAGGGAAAACGUAAAGGUCGAAGGGUCGGCGUUUGUGUGGAAAAUGAACCGGCUUUAAUCAACAUAACUGAACAGCUAAAAGAAAUCUUUCUUCGCAGAAAUAUGGAAGAAAUGUACCUAAUUUAG